AUAGUUCCCACAUUUGAAGAUCAAUCAUGGUACUUUGUAGUGCACAAGAGAAACUUCAAGCUUUGCUUCUCUUCACAUACUUCUGCCUGUGGUGGUGCACUACUAUUUCUACCUAUGUCAAAGCAGAAAAUACUGAUAGUAUGAAGCCAGGAGAUAUACUGAAUGCCAGUGCCACAUCUACGUUGUGUUCUAAACAAGGUAGAUAUUGCAUGAAUUUUAACCGAAAUCCGGAUCCUGAAAACCUCACUUAUCUCAGCAUAUUUGGCAAAGGGAAAGAUGAUUGGUUAGUGUGGAUUUCUAACAGAAACCAACCUGUUGACAUUAAUUCAGCAACUCUAUCACUAAACUACUCUGGUGUGCUAAAAAUAGAAUCCAAAAUUGGCAAACCAAUAAUCCUGUAUGCUUCACCACCACCUUUUAACAAUAGUAAUUAUAUCGUUGCCACGUUGUUGGAUACAGGUAACUUUGUGUUGAAAGAUAUUCAGAAGAACAUUGUGUUGUGGCAAAGUUUUGAUCAUCCAACCGACAGUUUACUCCCUGGUAUGAAAUUAGGUGUGAAUCGUAAAACUGGUGAAAACUGGUCGCUGGUUUCAAGUAUUAGUGAUACAAUUCUGUCUCCUGGUCCAUUCAGGCUUGAGUGGGAAGCCACAAGAAAAGAAUUGGUUAUCAAGCGUAGAGAAAAAGUUUAUUGGACAAGUGGAAAACUGAUGAAAAACAAUAGAUUUGAGAAUAUACCUGGAGAAGAUUUGAAGGUCAAAGUUGUGUCUGAUGAGUACUUCGCAUACACAGCUCAAAAUGAAAACGGUCUUACCAAAUGGACUCUAUUACAAACUGGGCAACUGAUAAACAGAGAAGGAGGUGAGUUUGGUGACAUAGCAAGGGCUGAUAUGUGUUAUGGGUAUAACACUAACGGAGGGUGCCAAAAAUGGGGUGAAGCCAAGAUACCUGCUUGCAGGAAUCCUGGUGAUAAGUUUGAUAACAAGCACGUUUACAGUAAUGACAAUAUCGUAAACAAUAUAGAAAAUGCUAGUUAUGGCAUAAGUGAUUGCCAAGAAAUGUGCUGGACUAACUGCAGCUGUUUUGGAUUCAAUAACUACUAUGGAAAUGGAACUGGUUGUGUCUUCUUGGUAUCAACUGAAGGUCUUAACAUUGCAAGCAGUGGUGACGACGUCUUUUACAUUUUGAUUAAGAACGCUGAUCACAAAGAUAACUCAAAUCAGUUUCUUGUUAUAGUAUUUAACAAGGGGAUAUGGAUUUGCGCUGGAAUGGGGACUCUUAUGCUAAUUAUCGGUCUUUCCAUUCUGCUCCGAGCUUUAAUGAAACGAAAACAAGUGCUUCGAGAGGAGGAAAGAAUAAGAAUGCAGAUUCAGAUUCAAGAUCUUGAAACUUCUAGACGAUAUUGUGAUGGCGACGAUCUAAAAGGAGAUUUGAGCAACGGCGAUGACUUAAAAGUGUUUAGCUAUUCAUCAAUAAUUGUGGCUACCAAUGGCUUUUCUUCUGAAAACAAGUUAGGACAAGGUGGCUUUGGACCUGUUUUCAAGGGAAUUCUACCUUCAGGGCAAGAAGUAGCUGUGAAGAAACUUUCACAAACUUCUGGACAAGGAAUUAUUGAAUUUAAAAAUGAAUUAACACUCAUUUGUAAGCUUCAGCAUACAAAUCUUGUUCGGCUAAUCGGACAUUGCAUUCAUGAACAAGAGCGGAUAUUGAUCUAUGAGUAUAUGCCCAACAAAAGCUUGGACUUCUUUUUAUUUGAUUCCACUAGAAGAAAGUUGUUAGAUUGGAACAAACGCUUUACCAUAAUAGAAGGAAUUGCCCAAGGACUACUAUACCUUCACAAAUACUCAAGACUCUGAAUUAUCCACCGAGAUUUGAAGGCUAGUAAUAUUCUCCUUGAUGAAAAUAUGAACCCCAAAAUUUCUGAUUUUGGUGUGGCAAGAAUGUUCACAAAACAAGAAACCGAAGCAAAUACCAACAUAAUUGUUGGGACAUAUGGUUACAUGUCUCCAGAGUAUGCGAUGGAAGGAGUAUUUUCUACAAAGUCUGAUGUGUAUAGCUUUGGAGUCUUGCUCCUUGAAAUUGUUAGUGGUGAAAAAUGCAAUAGCAUGUACCGUGAAGACAGACCACUUAAUCUAGUUGGACAUGCAUGGGAGCUAUGGAAAGAAGGUGUAGUUCUUCAGUUGGUGGAUCCAUUACUAAAUGAGACGUUUUCUGAGGAUGAGGUGCUGAGAUGUGUUCAUGCUGGUUUAUUAUGCGCAGAAGAAAAUGCAGAUGAUCGCCCCACCAUGUCCAAUGUUAUAUCAAUAUUAACAAACAAAAUUAAAGUCGAUGUUUUUCCUAAGAAACCAGCAUACUAUGGUGGAACAAGAGUUUUUGAUGAAGAAACGUAUGGCGAAGAAGUGGGUGUGGAUUCCACGUGUGAAAACUCUCACUUGUAGAAAACAUAGAAAUAUCCAGUGAAGUGAUUACUAAAUUUAUCAAAUAAACAUUGCGCUAUUGGUGUACCAAUACAUGGUGUGCUAUUGAAUGUAUUUGAGAUAUUACUGGUUUUGAAUUUUGUCUGCACAAUUUAUCAUUUACUAUUUAGAUGUCGAUGUAAUUUCUACAAUGAUAUGCAAGAGAUGAAUCAGAAAUAUGAAGAUUUUGAUAGAGAAAUAACUUGUUGAGAUGAUGAAAUUUAUAGUGUCUUGUUGUUAAAGUGACUCAAAAUUGGGUUUAGAAAUCAAACGAUGGUUUGUAUAGAGUUUGCUCUUGGCAACAAACACUAGGGUUGGGUUGAUUCACCUUGGGAAACACUGUUAGGAUUGAAUCUUUUGGUCACGGGAAGAGAUUGGGACUUUGGGUAGAAUUAGG